UCGGAAUGGUAUUUAAGCGAGAAAUGAUUCGGUAUGACAAAUCAGAAGUGAAAUAACUCAGCAACAGCGAGCAACAGGCUGCUAGCCGUUAAAAAUCAAGAAAUAGCACAAGAACCCAAAAAAUGGCCACCGCAUCCGCACAGCAUCUGCCCAUCCAGAAGCGCCAGGCGCACGAGCAUAAUGGAGAACCCAGUUGCCAGGGUCUGGAGGAGAUGAACCGCAUGUUCCGGAACUUCUGGGAUCCCACCGCUUAUUGGGUGUGUGAUAAACAAGGCACGCGUGCCCGUCUCCAGCGCUGUCCGCAAUCCCAGCUGUAUUCCGAGGAGCUGGGCCGCUGCGUCCACUAUUCCGAUUGGGCCUGGACGGAUCCCAAGGAGCCGCCAAGCCGGGCGGCCAAGAUCAGCCAAUCGGUGUCCACCAACUAAGCUAAUCUAUAGUCUAAAUAGCCUACUUUUAAGACCACCAAACCUCAUUACGCUUAGGUCUAUGUUUACAAAAUACCUUUAUUUUUAAUGAAAAUAAGAAAAAAUCAGUACAAAAUCAAAA